UCACUUGUAAUCUCUAGCGCCGCCAAUCCCUCUCCUCCCUCCCCAUAGAAGUUUCCCCCUGUCACCGGAUGGGCAGGCGCUCAGUGAUCUCUUGAACUCUGAACCCGGAAGAAACAACAUUGUGCGUGUGCGUGUGUGUGUGUGUGUGUGUUUGUGUGUGUGUGAGAGAGAAAGAGGGAGAGAGAGAGCUAGUAUUGACCAUGUCUGUAGCUCCUAGCAGCUACCCAUCUCUCUGUUCUUCCCCACCAUUUUCAAGAGCUUAUGCAACAACCAGCCAAAACCUAUCUCUUUUCUCUCACGUCAAGCGAUCUGUAACCCAGAAGCAUCCAUUUGUGAGCACUUCUGUCUGUUUCUGCGAUACUCAUUUGGCAAAAGCCCCUAUUUUUGUCGUCAAAGCAUCGGAAACUGAGGCUCAGACAUCGAAAUCAGAGAGCGUAGGCAAAAAGGAAGACGACGAAUAUGAAGAGUAUGAGGUAGAAUUGGUGCAACCAUAUGGACUGAAGUUUGCUAAGGGCAGAGAUGGUGGGACUUACAUUGAUGCCAUUGCAACGGGAGGAUCAGCUGAUAAGUCUGGGAUGUUCGCAGUUGGGGAUAAAGUACUUGCCACUAGUGCUGUAUUUGGAAACGAAAUAUGGCCUGCAGCUGAAUAUGGAAGAACAAUGUACACCAUCCGCCAGAGAGUUGGCCCAUUGCUCAUGAAAAUGCAGAAAAGAUACGGAAAGGUUGAUUAUACAGGUGAACUAACAGAAAAGGAAAUUAUCCGAGAAGAGAGAAAUUCUGGUGUAAUCAGUAACAGAGUGAGAGAAAUCCAAAUGCAAAAUUAUCUAAGGAAAAAGGAACAGAAAGAAUGCAGAGAGAACGACCUCCGUUCCGGAUUACUACUUUACAAGAGUGCGAAAUUUGAACAAGCAAUGGAGAAAUUUGAGUUAGUCUUGGGGUCACAGCCAGAUCCAAAUGAAGCUUCAGUAGCAAGUUACAAUGUUGCAUGCUGUUAUUCCAAGCUUAAUCAGAUACAAGCGGGACUCUCUGCCCUUGAAGAUGCUUUGAAAGCAGGAUUCGAAGAUUUUAAGAGAAUCCGGACAGACCCUGACCUUUCGAAUAUAAGGACAUCGGAGGAAUUCGAGCCCCUUCUGAAAAAGUUUGAUGAAUCAUUCAUCAAUGAAAAUGCCAUCAAUGCCAUGAAAUCAUUGUUUGGCAUAUUCAACAAGAAAUAGAAGCCAUCAAAACGUUUCACAAACUCAAAUGUGCAGACCGACAGCUCUAUGUAUUACUGGGUUUAGUUUAUAGCAUUUGCUCAGGUCGACUUAAAAAGUAUUUUGGUUAGUGAUUGUUCAAUUUUUUCACCAAUGAGAGCUCAACAUGUGUAACUAUGUGGACAGAAAGACUCAAAGGAAAAAUUGAUUUUUUUUUUUUUUUUCGUUUUGCUAUCUUGAUUUCGUUCUUUUUCAGUUUAAGAAAAAAACCUGGAUCUGUUCUUGCCACUCCGGGGCUCCCUUGCAAGUUUCUGUGACAAGAAAAGGUCGAGCUUAUCAUUCCCCGAAUAUAGCGGGUAAGAUUGGACUGUGGUACCAAAGAAUUACUU